AUGCAGAGAAAAAAAAUUCUAGAAGAACCGCUUUUAAAGAAGUCACAACAGAAAUAAAAAAUAACCCCAUUAAAUUACAAGAAAGGGUUGUUUGUUCUGUCAAAGACAAACAUUUCUUACGAACAUGACAAAAGGAGAAAAGGAAGCAAGAGGGGAUCAACUGAGAUUGAGAAAAUUCAAUGUGUUGAGACACUGAAUCUUGAGGAAUCAACACCACCUCCUCCAAGACUUUUCAGUUGUCCUGCUCAGAUUCCUCCUAGAGCCUCCAUCAAUCCCAAUUCUAUGGGCAGUGGGACAUGCAGAUGUGAGAAGUGGCCAAAGAUCCCCUCCUGUAGUGCCACGGACAAACCUUGCCACAGCAAGCAGCAGGCUGCUAGACCUGUUCUACAUCUCCUUAUCAUUUAUUUCCUCUGUCUUCAAAAACGGAAUCAUGGAAGCCUGCCCCAGAGACUAUCACCAGAGAAGUCAGUCCUGAAUGUGGCUGUGGCCCAAGGCAAAUACAAACCUGAAGGUAAUUCAGCUAUCCAGCUUGUCAGAAGCAAUAAAUACUGUGUAUCACAAGAAAAAUAUUCUGACUGGUGGAAAAUAAUGGAUUGGGAAGGGGAAAACUCCAGUGUCAGCAAACAGACAUUGGCAGAAGAGCAGAGUAUUGCUAAGCAUGAGCAUGUAGAACAGGUCUUCUUGAGAACCAAAAGAUUCUUUGGGCAGAGAUUUUCUUUCCACCCUACAUGUCCACUGUACCUGCAGCAAUGUAAAGAAGGAACAGUCAAAUUACAUGUGUAUAAAACCCAUGAGCACAAGUAUUACCUUGCUGAAAAUUAUUGCUUUGAAUCAAUUCCCGAACUUAUACACUACCAUCAGCACAACUUCACCAGUUAUCCUAUGUUCCAGCAUGCAGUAUCUACAAAAGUAAAUAAGGUCCCAACGACAGCUUCAUCAGGAAAUUGAAUUUGGGAGUUGAAAUGAGAAAAAAUUGUCCUGUUGAGAGAGCUAGAGAGUGCUCAGUUUGGAGUGGUGCUUCAGGGAAAGUGGAAGGAAAAAUAUGAAGUGGCUAUAAGGAGGAUUAAAGAGGAAGCAGAAGAUGAACUCAUAGAAGCUCAGGCCAUGAUGAAAAUUAAUAAUCCCAAACACUUUAGACUGUACAAUGUACUCUCAAAAUUAUAUUCUGCCUAUUUAGUGACUGAAUACAUGGCUAAUGACUAUUCGAUCAGCCACCUAAGGAGUCAUGGAAAGGAACCCUUCCUACCCUUUAGCUUUUUUGAAUAUGUUUAUGAUGUUUGUGAUGCUAUGGCAUUUCUGGAGAUCUGUCAGUUCAUACAUGGACAAUUUGCUGCUAGGAACUGUUUGGUUGACAGCAAACUUACUGUGAAAGUAUCUGACUUUAAGAUAACUCGAUAUGUUCUGGAUGAUCUGCAUAUAAAUUCUCUAGGAACCAAGUUUCCAGUGAAGUGGUCAGCAUCCAAAGUUUUUCAUUACACCAAGUCAGAUGUAUGGGCCUUUGGUAUCUUAAUGUGGGAGGUGUUCACUUUGGGAAAGCAGCCCUAUGAGCUUUAAUAUAGUAUGCCAGUGAUUGAGAAAGUUUCUCAUGGAUACAGAUUUUAUAGAUCACAACAGGUUUCAAACACCAUCUACUAGAUAAUGGACAACUGCUGGAAUGAACUACCAGAAAAGUGCCCUACCUUUUAUCAGCUCUUACCAUUUUUUGAGGCAUUGAGAGAAGGCAACAGAGGUUGA